GCUUUGAGCCAAUAGGAUCCGGGGGCUGGUCAGAGGCGCUUAUAUGAUUGGUGGUUGGAAGAGGUGCUUUUUGGCUAGAGGUGACUCGGAGGUGCCCUGAGCAGGCUGACAGUGUCCAUCCCACAGCCAUGGCUUUCUGCGGCACUCGUACAGCUGCUCGUCUCUCACACUCCACUCGGGCAUUGCACAACACACACAGGAACUUUGCAUCUCAGCGCACAUUAAAUGAGGUGGUGAUCGCAAGUGCAACUAGAACCCCAAUUGGGUCUUUCCAAGGGACUCUGUCGUCACUCCCAGCAACUAAACUUGGUUCUAUUGCCAUUAAAGCUGCCGUUGAGAGAGCAGGUAUCCCGGCAGAUGAAGUGAAGGAGGUUUACAUGGGCAAUGUUCUCCAAGCUGGCCAGGGGCAAGCACCCUCGAGGCAGGCUACACUUGGUGCAGGCCUGGCCAUCUCCACUCCCACAACCACCAUCAACAAAGUGUGUGCGUCGGGGAUGAAAUCCGUCAUGCUUGCGGCACAGAGCCUCAUGUGUGGCCAUCAGCAAGUGAUGGUCGCCGGCGGGAUGGAGAGUAUGUCCAAUGUUCCUUAUUGCAUGAGCAGAGGGGCCACGCCGUACGGAGGAGUCAAACUUGAAGAUCUUAUAGUAAAAGAUGGACUCACCGACGUCUAUAACAAAAUCCACAUGGGAAAUUGCGCAGAAAACACAGCCAAGAAGUUCAGCAUUAGCCGAGAGGAACAAGACAGCUUUGCCAUUCACUCCUACACCCGAAGCAAAGCAGCGUGGGACUCCGGUCUGAUAGCCAAUGAAAUUGCACCAGUUACCAUUGCACAAAAAGGAAAGCCUGAUAUCAUUGUGCAAGAAGAUGAAGAGUACAAGCGCGUUGACUUCAGUAAAUUCCCCAAACUGAAGACCGUCUUCCAAAAGGACAACGGGACAGUGACCGCUGCCAACUCCAGCACAUUGAAUGACGGAGCUGCUGCUUUGCUCCUUAUGACGACAGAGGCCGCAAACCGACUCAAUGUUACACCCCUCGCAAGGAUUGUAGCAUUUGCCGACGCUGCUGUAGAUCCCAUUGAUUUUCCCAUAGCACCUGCCUAUGCCGUUCCUAAGCUACUGAGUGAAGCCGGGUUGAAGAAAGAAGACAUUGCAAUGUGGGAAAUAAAUGAGGCCUUUAGUGUGGUGGUAUUGGCUAAUAUUAAAAUGCUGGGCAUUGAUCCUGCCAGAGUCAACAUGAAUGGUGGGGCAGUGUCCCUGGGACAUCCUAUAGGAAUGUCCGGCGCUAGGAUUGUUGGCCACAUGGCUCAUGCGCUGAAGAAAGGCCAGUUUGGCAUCGCUGGAAUCUGCAACGGUGGAGGAGGAGCAUCUGCAGUUCUGAUUGAGAAGCUCUAGGGUCUGACUCUUUACUGUUCUGAGACUCAUUCAACCAUAAACCAUGCACUUUGUGAUCAGAGAGUCUCUUUGUCUCUCUUUCCACUCAAUAAAUCAGUUUGUUUUAUAGU